CGCUCUGCUUGCUUGUGUUCUUUGCCUGUAGGCAGAGCGGAAGGAAGGAGCGCCUUGUUUACUGGCGCUUGUCGGCCGAGGCACCUCCGUAUGCCAUACCUGUCUGUCUAUUUGUCGGUCACGAAGAGGACGGGAAAAGACUAUUACCGGUGAGACGGACGGACGGACGGAGAUGGAGCGGCUGUGCGGACCCGAGCUUCCCUUUUGGGUAGCCAAUCAGACGCUCCACACAGAUCAGCCCGACCUCCCUGUGUGUUUCCAGCUGAGCGUCCUGUCAUGGGUCCCAUGCAUUUACCUAUGGGCAGUCUCACCUAUCUACAUUUUCUACCUAAAGAAGAACAACAAAGGCUACAUCAUGAUGUCCAUCAUGAACCGAUUCAAAACGGUGUUUGGCUUGCUGUUAUGGGUUGUUUGCUGGACAGAUCUCUUCUACACAUUUCAUGAAACGCAGCAGGGAAUGAGUCAGCCGCCCAUUUUCUUUAUCACUCCGCUCGUGCUGGGCAUGACCAUGCUGCUGGCCACAUUUUUGAUCCAGUUUGAGAGGUUACGUGGGGUUCAGUCCUCAGGGAUCCUCUUCAUCUUCUGGUUCCUGUCUGUGCUGUGUGCCAUUGUGCCUUUCCGCUCCAAGAUCCUACUGGCGUCCAGCCAGGUUGAAGUCACCGACACGUUACGCUUCACCACUUUCUACUUCUAUUUUGGCUUGGUGGUCUUGGAGCUGAUCCUGUGCUGCUUCAAUGAGAAACCACCGCUCUUUUCCAAUGUUGUCACAGACCCCAAUGUCUGCCCUGAGUCCACAGCUGGGUUUCUAUCAACCAUAACAUUUUGGUGGUUCACAAGUCUGGCCGUGAAAGGAUUCAAAAUGCCUCUUGAGGCCAAGGACCUCUGGUCUCUGAACCAGCGUGACAGCUCAAAGGCAAUGGUGCCAAAACUCCUCAAAGAAUGGGAAAAGGAGCAAGCCAAAAGCAAGAGUAAACAGAAUCUAUCCAAUGACGUUGUCUACUCCAAGCCGCCACCAUCCGCCAACAACCACAUAGGAGGCGAAAAUGGAACUAGCCCAGAAGAAGUUGAAGUCCUGCUAUCCAAUCCGAAAUCUGUACCCCGUCGGCCAUCGUUUUUACGUUCGCUCGUCAGAGCUUUUGGACCCUACUUCCUAAUUGGUUCAGCUUACAAGCUCCUGCAGGAUGUCAUUACGUUUGUGAACCCCCAGCUCCUCAGAAUGUUGAUCUCCUUCAUAAAGCAAAAAGGUGUCCCUGACUGGUGGGGCUACUCGCUGGCCUUCCUCAUGUUCUUCACAGCUUUUUUGCAAACUCUCAUCCUGCACCAGCACUUUCAAUAUUGCUUCAUCACCGGCAUGCAUGUCCGCACAGCGCUCAUUGGCGCUAUCUACAGAAAGUCGUUGGUCAUAACUAACGCCGCCAAACGCUCAUCUACGGUGGGAGAGGUGGUUAACCUGAUGUCUGUGGAUGCUCAGAGGUUCGUGGACCUCACCACUUUCCUCAACAUGCUGUGGUCUGCUCCUCUUCAAAUAAUGCUGGCACUAUAUUUCCUCUGGCAGAAUCUGGGCCCCUCUGUUCUGGCUGGAGUUGCUGUUAUGAUCCUGCUAAUCCCAUUUAAUGCUGUCAUAGCUAUGAAGAGCCGUGCCUACCAGGUGGAGCAAAUGCAGCAUAAAGAUAGUCGUAUUAAACUCAUGAAUGAGAUCCUUAAUGGCAUCAAAGUACUAAAGCUGUACGCCUGGGAGAAUUCUUUCAAGGAAAAGGUGCUGGCCAUCCGGCAAAAAGAGCUCAAUGUGCUGAAGAAGGCGGCCUACUUGGGAGCAUUGUCCACCAUGGCUUGGACCAGUGCACCAUUUUUGGUUGCACUGACAACAUUUGCCGUGUAUGUGACGGUGGAUAAGAACAACAUCCUGGAUGCGGAGAAGGCCUUUGUGUCACUCGCUCUCUUUAAUAUUCUGCGUUUCCCUCUCAACAUGCUUCCCCAAGUCAUAAGCAGCCUUGUACAGACAAGCGUGUCACUGAAGCGAAUCCAGAAUUUCUUGAGUCACGAUGAGCUGGAUCCAAAUUCAGUGGACAGAAAGAACACAGCAUCAGAUUUUUCAGUCAGUGUCGUCAAUGGAAAAUUCACCUGGGCUAAAGAAGAUUCUCCGGUUCUCCGCGACAUUAACGUGUUGGUGCCCCAAGGCUCCCUGCUGGCAGUGGUGGGCCAUGUCGGCUGUGGGAAGUCCUCGCUCAUUUCUGCCCUGCUGGGUGAAAUGGAGAAACUUGAAGGAGAUGUUUCUAUUCGGGGAUCAGUGGCAUACGUUCCUCAGCAGGCCUGGAUCCAAAACGCCACGCUGCGUGAUAACAUCCUGUUUGGGAAUGCGUACAAUGAACAGAAGUACGGCUGCGUUCUGGAGGCCUGCGCUUUAACCCCUGACCUGGAAGUUUUGCCUGGAGGAGACAUGACGGAAAUAGGCGAAAAGGGCAUUAACCUCUCGGGAGGCCAGAGACAGAGAGUCGGCCUUGCCCGAGCUCUUUAUAGUGAUGCAGAUGUCUACCUGCUGGAUGACCCGCUGUCUGCUGUGGACGCCCAUGUGUCCAAACAUAUAUUUGACAACCUCAUAGGUCCAGAAGGAGCACUCAAGGGCAAGACGCGUAUUUUGGUGACACAUGGCAUUAGUUACCUGCCCCAGGUGGACAAUAUAAUGGUGAUGGUGGACGGAAGAGUGUCUGAGAUGGGCUCAUAUCAGGAGCUGCUCAAGCAGAAUGGAGCAUUUGCUGAGUUUCUCAGGAACUACGCUCUGGAGGACAUAAUAGAGGAUGAGGCCCCAGGUAGAAUUGAAGAUAUCAAAUUGGCAAACCAUCAGCUGAUAUUGCUUGCAAUGAUCAUGUGUCAUGUUUUUGCAGAAGAAAUGAUCAAUGAUGAGGAUUUAUUCCCUGAAGAUACCCUUAGCAACCACAUAGACAUGGUGGAUACUGAACCAGGAAUCAAUGAAGCAAAAAGAAAAUUCAUAAGGCAAAUCAGCAUCAUCUCAGCAGAUGGUGAGACCCCGAGAUCUCGCUCAGUGAGGAGACAUGGCUGCAGUCAGAGGAAGCACCCAGAGCCACAAGAAAAGAAGCAGCCACAAGAAAUGGAGAAACUCAUCCAGGCAGAGACUACAGAAACAGGCAGGGUGAAACUAAAGGUCUACCUGGAAUACGCUAAGGCAGUGGGACUGCUGCUAUCUGUGCUGAUCUGCAUUUUGUAUGGCUGCCAGAGUGCAGCUGCAAUCGGAGCAAAUAUUUGGCUCAGUGAGUGGACCAAUGAUGCCUUGAAAAAUCACACUGAGGACAAUGUGAAUAUGAGGGUGGGUGUGUAUGCAGCGCUAGGCAUCACACAAGGUGUCCUGGUCAUGAUCUCUUCCUUUACAUUAGCCAUGGGAAAUAUUGGGGCAGCGAGGAAGCUGCACCAUAACCUGCUGGCCAACAAACUUCACACAGUGCAGUCUUUUUAUGACACCACUCCCAUAGGACGCAUCCUCAACCGUUUCUCCAAAGACAUCUUCGUUAUAGAUGAGAGCCUGCCUUCCACUGUGCUCAUGUUCCUGUUCACUUUUUUUGUUUCUCUCUCCACCAUGAUUGUUAUCAUUUCCAGCACGCCUAUAUUUGCCGUUGUCAUAGCACCCCUGGCUUUCGUAUACAUCUUUGUCCAGAGAUUUUAUGUCGCCACAUCUCGGCAGCUGAAGCGUCUGGAGUCUGUCAGCCGCUCGCCCAUUUAUUCCCAUUUCUCCGAGACCAUCACUGGCUCGAGCGUUAUCCGAGCCUUUGGCAGACACUCCGCUUUUGUUUGCAUGAGUGAUAUGAAAGUGGAUGAGAACCAAAAGAGUUACUACCCCGGUAUAGUGUCCAAUAGGUGGCUGGGCGUACGCAUCGAAUUCAUCGGGAACUGCAUCGUGUUGUUUGCUGCUCUAUUUGCUGUGACUGGAAAGAAUGAUCUUAGCCCUGGCCUGGUGGGGCUUUCAGUGUCUUAUGCUUUACAGGUGACCAUGUCUCUUAACUGGAUGGUGCGAAUGACUUCUGAUUUAGAGAACAACAUUGUGGCUGUAGAACGAGUGAAGGAAUACUCGGAGACCGAGACGGAGGCGCCCUGGGAAAUCGAGGAGAAGAAACCCAAUCCUGAUUGGCCCAUGCAGGGGAAUGUGGACUUCCACAACUACAGUGUCCGAUACCGAGAGGGACUGGAUCUGGUUCUGAAAAACUUGACGUUGAGUGUGAAAGGAGGAGAGAAGGUUGGUAUUGUAGGUCGAACAGGAGCUGGCAAGUCAUCAAUGACGCUCUGCCUCUUCCGUUUGCUGGAAGCAGCUGAAGGCGAGAUCUCCAUUGACGAUAUUAAAAUAUCCGAGAUAGGCCUGCAUGACUUGAGGUCCAAGCUUACAAUCAUUCCACAGGAGCCAGUCUUAUUCUCUGGAACACUGAGGAUGAACCUCGACCCUUUCGAGAAGUACAGCGAUGACGAGGUGUGGAAAGUUCUGGAACAUUCCCAUUUGCGCAAGUUUGUGAGCAACCAGCCAGCAAAGCUGGAGAUGGAGUGCUCGGAGGGAGGAGAGAACCUCAGCGUGGGCCAGAGGCAGCUGGUGUGUUUAGCUCGAGCUCUUCUGAGGAAGACACGGAUCCUCGUACUGGAUGAAGCGACUGCUGCUGUUGACUUAGAGACGGAUGAUCUUAUCCAGUCUACUAUCAGAACUCAGUUUGAAGACUGCACCGUCUUUACGAUUGCACACAGACUCAACACAAUUAUGGAUUAUACAAGAGUGCUGGUGUUGGACAAGGGACAGAUUGCAGAGUUUGAUACGCCUUCAAAUCUCAUAUCGCAGCGUGGAAUCUUCUACGGAAUGGCAAAAGAUGCAGGACUGGUGUCGUAGAGCUGCAGCUCUUCAUCGAUAAAGACUUUUGAGGAGACUGUUGUCAGGUCACUUGAUCAUUUGGCACUGAGGGGUCGGCCGUGCCCUGUAUGUCAGGAAAAUAGCGCGCUAAAGAAGAAAAACGAGCUUUAUUUGCUCCUCCGAAUCUGACCGGAAGUGCCUUCAGCCAGGGUGGGAGAAACCAAGUGAAUGUAUCAUUUCUCUAAUGAGCUGUCUCUACUGCAACAAAACACCAGUUCACAACAAAGUGAGGCAUUUUUAGGUUACUUUUUUUUUUAACCAGUGGA